AUGAACAUAUCUUCUUGGCGUCAAUUUAAUUUUUUUAAAGUUAAUGAAAUUUCUGGUAUAUUUAAUGAAAAAAAUCUAAAAAAUACAUUAAAAUUCAUCACUUCGUCUAUCAUUACAUCUGGUAUGGGAUUUAUUUAUACCGCAGAUGAUACUGGGUGUAUUCAAAUUAUCUCGUCUGCAUUUUCCAUUGUACAUGAGUUUUCAGCGUACAAAAAUGGGCGUGUUACUUUGCUACAGUGUAUUCAUGAAAGUGAUUUUUUGGUGACAAUAGGCGAUGAAGAAAAUAUUUCAACUCCAAUACUAAAGAUAUGGUCAUUUGAGUUAUUAGAAGAAGAUAUAAAAAAACCAAAGUGCAAAACUACAAUUAAUAUUAAUAAUUCGAAUCCUUAUCCUAUUUCAUGUUUUGCAGUUUUGUACAAUCUUAGUUAUAUUGCUAUAGGCUUUACAGAUGGAAGUGUAUUGCUUAUUAAAGGAGAUUUGGUCAGAGAUCGAGGAUCCACACAAAAAAUUGUUUAUAAAUCAGAAGAACCUAUUACUGGUCUUUAUUUUAGAGAAAAUAAAAAAGUUAUUUCACUUUUUAUUAUUACAACAGAAAAAGUCUUAAAAUUACUUAUUAAUGUAAAAAAUCAAACAAAUUCUCCUGAAAUCAUUGAUACAGCAGGCGCUUCUUUAGGUUGUUCUAUAAUGAAUCAAAAAAAUAAUGAUAUAAUUAUUGUUCGUGAUGAAGCUAUUUAUAUUUAUGGAAUUGAUAACAAAAACGCAUGCUAUACUUACAAUUGUUCAAAAUCUAAAGUUCUUGUUAACAAUGACUAUAUUUUUAUAUUUUCUCUUCCAUGCUCUACUUCUACAAUUACUACUAGCAUAGCAAAUAUUAAUUCUCAUGAUAUAUUGGAUAUAUCUCAGCUUACUAUUAUUGAUUCUGAAAAUAAAUUUAUUGCGCAUCUUUCAAAUUUUGAAUUUUUUUUUAAAACAAUAUUUAUAGAAUGGGGAGAUGUAUUUGUUUUUUCCCAAGAAGGACAAGUAUUUAGAAUACAAGAAAAACCUAUAACAGAAAAACUUGAAAUACUCUUUCAAAAACAUUCUUAUUCAUUAGCUAUUGAUUUAGCAGUAGCCAGUGGUUAUGAUAAAACAAAGAUAAAUGAUAUUGUAAUUAAAUAUGGUGAUUAUCUUUAUGAUAAUAAUGAUUUUGAUGGUUCUAUGAAACAGUAUAUUAACUCAAUUGAGCAAAUAAAACCUUCAAAUAUAAUUAAAAAAUUUCUUAAUUUUAAACAUAUAAAUAACUUAAUUGACUUUCUUGAAGCAUUAUAUACAAAAGGAUUAGCAAAUUCUGAUCAUAUAAUUCUUCUUUUAAAUUGUUAUGCAAAGCUUCGAGAUUCUGAAAAAAUUACUAACUUUAUUGUAAAAAAAAAAAUAGAAUUCGACUCAGAAGCAGCUAUAAUUAUUUGUCGCCAAGGAGGUUAUUUUGAUCAGGCAGCAUAUUUGGCAAAUGAGUCUAAAGAUCACGAUACAUAUUUAUCUAUACAAAUUGAAGACAAAUGUGAUUAUAAAAAAUCUCUUGAAUAUAUACUUGAUCUUGAUCCUCAAUAUAUCUUUCCUUGUUUAAAAAAAUUUGGGAAAAAACUUUUAAAUAUUCUUCCUGAAGAAACAACAUUGCUUUAUAUUGAUUUUUUUUCAGGAAAUUUUGUGCCUACAUCAAAAAAAAUAGAUUUAAAAGAAUCAACUAAUCAAACUAUACCAUUUACAAUAGCAAAUUACGUUCCCUUUUUACCAUAUAUAAAUACAAAUAAUAUGACUCCUUCGAGCGCAGAAUCGUCUACAAUUAAUUCGAAUUGCACAUCUGGUAAAACAAAAAUUGAACCGCAGUAUACUAUUCCUAGUAUUACUUCAAUAUUUCCUACUUUUAUGGAUAAUAAUAAACAAUUUAUAUAUUUUUUGGAAACUUUAAUGGAAAAUUUUUUAGAAAAUAAUGAAAAUCCAGAAAGGGAUUUAAUAUGUACUACAUUAUAUGAAAUUUACUUAAGAGAAAUAAAAAAUUCUAAUUCUUUGAUUGAGCGUCAAGAUUAUGAAGAAAAAGCAAAAUCUCUUCUAAAUAAAGAAACAUGCCUCAUCAAUUCAUUUAAUGGACUUCUUUUAUCACAUUUGGCAGAUUUUUCUGAAGGAUUUCAGAUACUAAAAGAAAAAUCAGAUACAAAAAUUGAUGCAUUUCGCUAUUAUUGCUCUAUUGAAGAUACGUAUAAAGUAAUAGAUUAUUUAGAAAAACACGGUAAUGCUGAACCAGAAUUAUAUCUUCUAGCUUUAGGUUAUUUUACAUCGUCUCCUAAAAUAUUAAGUGAUACAGGAGAUUAUUUUUACACUCUUCUUAAAAAAAUAAGAGAAGAACGACUUAUCACGUCUUUAGAAAUUAUUAAGAUAUUAAGCGUAAAUUCUAUAUCUACUGUUGGUGUAAUAAAAGAAUAUUUAAUAGAAAUUAUUGAACAGGAAAAAAAAGAAAUAGAUAACAAUUCUACACUUAUUAAUAUGUAUCGUGACGAGACAGAAAACAAGAAAAAUAAACUUUAUGAUUUAAUGAAAAGUGCGCAAAUUUUUCAAGAGAUGAAAUGCUCUAUGUGUGGACUUAUUCUUAAUCUUCCGAUUGUUCACUUUCUUUGCAAACAUUCAUACCAUCAAAAGUGUAUUAAUGAUUUGGAUGAAAUAGAAUAUUGCCCACAAUGCUCUAACAAUAACAUCAUGAUUAAAGCAAUCAAAAAAUCACAAGAUCAAAUUGUUAAUAAGCAUAGUUUUUUCCAAUCUCAGUUAGAAAAUGCAACAGACAAACUAAAACUUAUUUUUGAUUUCAUUUCGAGGGGUGCUUUAUCUAUGGAAACAAGAUAA